AUUACAUUUUUAUUUGACUGAUGAUGAUGUCUAGUUGAUGGACAGGCUACUACGAUGAUGAUGAUGUUGACCUGAAAAAUGGUGGUGAACUGUUAGUAGGCUAAAACGGAGGAGAUGGGAAGAGAGAGAGAGCGAGUGUACAUGAUGAGAGAUUAAGACAGUGGUCUUAUUAUUGGAGCGCGAGGGAGAGAUGCGACAACAGCGUUUGCCCUGUUCACAUUUGACUCAGUGUGACUCUUGUCACUAGAGACGGGCAGAUACGACGAGAGGCAAGAAACUUCAGACAAUAUUCAAAGAUCGACCUCUGAAGGGUGUUCAACCCUCCGUGGGAAACUGAACGAGACAUUCUGCAAGAGGGGGGGGGGGACAGCAGAGAGGAGCUGUGAACAGAUAGAGAAAGAUAUUCAACGCGGCGCCUGUCCUCCAUCUCAGUGUGAAGGGCACGUAAUGGAAGAGUGAGAGGGAGGAUACAAGGAAAGAGAAAUAGAGAGAAUGAAGACAGCCGGAAAACAAGUGUUUCCUUGCACCAAGCAUCACUCAAACUAGGACAUCUCACCACAGGACAAGAUGAUCACCAGGAAUCUGCUCCUAUUGGUCUCACUGUGUCUGUGGGAGGAGCUUAUGGGAGAAGGUUCAGCCGCUAAGAUUGUCCGGAGAAGAGGGGUGGGCGGGACUCACCUGCUGAAGCUAGGGGAGAACAGAAUAGCGGACCAAUGGGAUUCAAGCGUGAAUUCAAACGUGAUGCCCAUGGUGACUCUUAGAAACUCAAUUGGUCAUGACCUGGGUGGUGAUAGUGGCUCUAUCUCUCACCCCAAAAUACCCCAGAAUCAUGCAGCCAUGCCAUCUAAUAAGGAGAGGCAGGCUUUUAAACCUAAUCCAGUUCUGGACAUGGAAGAAAACCCUAUCAAAAAAGGAGAAUCAACUCUGUCACCCAAUAACAGGGAAUCGGUCCAGGAGAAAGAACUUAAAAAGAUCAAGAACAGUACUAACAAUGCUGGGACUCCCACCAAAACAGGGAGGAUGGAGAAAGUAUUCCUAGUUCACCGUAGACCAGACCUACACUCCAAUAGAACCAGAUUCAAAUCCAUUUCCCGAUCCAGAGUGAGACCAGAUCUGAGCCUUCACACCACAGGGCUGCAAGGCAAAGGACUCACUAUGGAUUCAACCAGAAAAUUAAAUGUGACCGGCAGCUACAGUGUCCUAAAACUGCUGUCAAAAGAGAACCUGGUGAUGAUUGUGAACUCACAGAUGCAGAGUGUUCCGAGUCUGAAUGAUUUUCAGAGCAAGAGCAGUCGAAGCAGAAAGAGAGAUUUGAUUGAUGUGGAUCACAGCCCGAUGGAGGCCCUAAAAUUACAGAAGCAAGAUUUGGCUGUUACUCAAAACCACUUCGCAUUGGAUAAUCCAACUGCACUGCCGCAUAUAAACCCUGUCACAAAUCCUGAUCCAAGUCUAGAAAAGGUUGUUCACACUUUAAGUGAAAUCAUUCUAGAUUCUGGUGUGGGAAAAGACAACUCUGAGAUGAGGGCUGCAGAUAGUACAGUCACUUGGAAGAGCAAACACACCUCUCACCCUCUGUCAACACCUAUGAAUGAGGUCAGUCUCGACACUGACAGGGAGGUGACCAUCAGUAAGACCAGUAAGACUGACCCUCCGGCCAUGACCAAGCAUCUCCCCUCAAGCAUCUCUUCUCAGACAAAUGCUGGCCCUCCCUCAGUGUUCACCUCACAGCCCCAGGGAGAGGGGACUGGGAGUGUGGCAGGGGAUUCCCAUAAGGAGAGUUUUCUUCACACAGCCGCACCAGGACUCAAAAUCCUCAGCCCGAUUGCCACUCAAGACCCUGAAGGUGGCGCCACAGAGCCAAUCGAUAGCAGCCAUGUCCUCAAACUCCAGCCAGACACACACUGGGGCUUCAACCAGGACAAGGCAGCCGGUGGGGGGAUGACAGUUGAGUCCCAUCCCGGGAAUGGGCGGGGCCUGGUGUUCCAAGAGGCGGAUGAGGAGGAGGGCCGUGGUCAAAUGGAUGGGGAGGGAGCUCGGUCACGCAGCAGGAGGAGUUGGAUCUGGAACCAGUUCUUUGUGAUUGAAGAGUACAGCGGGCCUGAACCGGUGCUCAUCGGACGGCUGCACACUGACAUGGACCGAGGUGAUGGACGCACCAAGUACGUGCUGAGGGGCGAGGGGGCGGGGGCGGUGUUUGUGAUUGACGAGAAGACCGGCAACAUCCAUGUCACCAAGCCUCUGGACCGCGAGGAAAAGGACGAGUACCGCCUCAUCGCCACAGCAACCGACCGGCAGACCGACCGGGCCCUGGAGCCCUCGUCCACAUUCAUCAUCAGAGUGCAGGACAUCAACGACAACCCACCUCUGUUUGAGGAAGGGCCCUACAGUGCCAUGGUGCCUGAGAUGGCCAACAUAGGUACUUCUAUAAUCCAGGUGACAGCGACAGAUGCUGACGACCCAACCUAUGGGAACAGUGCCAGACUGGUGUACACACUGGUGCAGGGACAGCAGUUCUUCUCUGUGGACCCACAGACAGGUAUACUGCGCACAGCGGUGCCUGAUAUGGACAGGGAAACCCAGGACCGGUACCUGGUUGUUCUGCAGGCCAAGGACAUGGGGGGCCAUCUGGGAGGUCUCUCAGGGACCACCACUGUCACCGUGAGGCUGAGUGAUGUCAACGACAACCCCCCUCGCUUCACACAGAGUAUGUGGUCGUUCUCUGUGUCCGAGCUGGCUGUUCCGGGGGCGGAGGUGGGCCGUAUCUCGGCAACAGAUGCUGACCUGGGCGACAAUGCCAAGCUGGAAUAUACCAUCCUGGAGGGAGAGACGGGGAACACCUUCAACAUCAGCGGAGCAAACCAAGAGGCUGUGAUCACACUGAACAAGGCUGUGGACUAUGAGAGUCGUAGCUCCUACUCUUUCUCCGUGGAGGUGUUGAACCCCAUGGUGGACCCUCGUUUCCUCCGCCGUGGGCCCUUUAAGGACCGCGCCUCCAUCCGGGUGGCCGUGCUGGACGCAGACGAGCCGCCCCGCUUCUCCCGGGCUCGCUACCGUAUGGAUGUGUCGGAGAACUGCCCUCCCGCCUGCACAGUGGGACGGGUUAGUGCUGUGGACCCUGAUACUGGACUCACCAAUAACAUCAGGUUCUCUAUUGAUCCCCAAUCAGAUCCAGAGGCUCUGUUCCGUAUCACCCCGGACAGCGGCCUCAUCACCACGGCCAUGGAGCUGGACCGUGAGCGCGAACAAUGGCACAACAUCACCAUCAUCGCCACACAGAGAGACAACCCCAGCCAGGUGUCCAGAGUGGUGGUGACCAUAGAAACGCUGGACCUGAAUGACAAUGCUCCCGAGCUGGACAGAAAAUACACAACAGCCAUGUGUGACUCAUCAGCCACCGGACAGGUGGUGCAGGUGUUGCGUGCGAUUGAUAGAGAUGAGGGAGGGAAUGACAGCGCUGUCUAUUUCAGCAUCCCUCCAGAGUCCAGCGUCGCCUUCAACUUCAGCAUCAGGGACAGUGGAGGCCCCACCGCCACUCUGUUGCUCUUGUCGCCCCUGCAGCCCCUCUCCCGCUCGUCCUCCUCCUCCCUCACGCUGCACGUCCCCCUGGUACUAAGGGACGGGACAUCUGGCCUGACCUCCACCGGGACGGUCACCGUGUCCGUUUGCCCCUGCCUGAGAGGAGGGGCCCGGGCUGGGGAGAAGGAGAGGCAGGAGAGGCAGACGGAGGGAGACUGGGAGUGGGAGAGAGAGACGGUGUGUGUUCCCCAGCAGUCCACCUCUCCUUCCCCUGGGCUUAGCACCGCCGCUCUGCUGGCCAUCCUGGCCUGUGUUGCCACUCUGCUGGCGGUCAGUGCCUUGUCCCUGUCCCUCCGCCGUCAGAAGCGGGACUCUCUGUCCCCCCUGGAGGAGGACGAUGUGCGGGAGAACAUCAUCACCUACGACGACGAGGGUGGGGGUGAGGCCGACACGGCCGCCUUCGACAUUGCAGCGCUCCAGAGCGCCCCCCACAGCUCACGCAGGGUAUACCGCACCCUGGACAGCAGGAACAUACGCUACUCCCAGCACGUCCAGGACAAAGCCCAGUCUUACAGCUGGGCCCAGAACCCAACCCUGGACCCGGCCUACUCCGGCCCUGGAGGGCCCAUGUACGGCCGCCUCUGCUACAGCAGCCAUACCUUACCUGUUCUCCGACGUACUCCAGGGAGCCAGUUUGAGCCGGGCCUGGCUGAGCUGGCCUACCGCUUCCCUGGGGGCCAGCCGGACCACUCGUUGGUCAUCCAGAAUCAGGGGGCCAUGGUGGGGGCCCUGGAGCCAGGGGCCGUGUACAUAGGCCCAGCUGAAAUGAGCAGCAGAGAGAGCAGAGACGGAACGGGCCCACAGAGCGGGGUUAGCACCUCAGAUGGAGGAACACCGCGGACCAAUGACAGCCAGGAGAGAGGCGGAGGGGGAGCUAUGAGCAACUGUACAGAGAACAGCAGCGAGCAGCAGAGCCAAAGUCAGGACUCGGUGGACUUGGUCCAGUCUGAGACCCUCCCCCGGGAGAGGGAGCACAGCCUGGUCCUGACCCGCUCUGGCUCCGCGGUUGGUCAGGGAGGUGCCUGGGUGUGUGACUCGGCCACCCUGCCCAUGGCGGGCCGCAGAGCCUCCCGCGCAGGCCUCUCCCCCAAACGCUCCGGCUUAGCUGAAGGAGGUUGCUCUGGUGGUGGAGGUGGAGGCCCUGGGGCGAACGGCCCGGACAGCAAGUCUCAGCAGUCAGCCGCCCGCAACUACACCAGUGUCCUGCAGGGGGAGGCAGCGGGACAGAGGCAGGACUACCCUGGGAGCAUGGGGAGGGGAGGGCUGGAGAUUGGCAGCAACUUUGUGGUGGCCAGGCCGGACAGGGAGGGCGGAGGGAUAUCUCUGACUGGCACUUCUUGCGGGGGGAUGUACCCAGAAGGGUUCAUGGCUGACUGGCGGGACAGGGUGGGUAUUGGGGCAUACAUUUUAGGAAGAAGGGAUAUGACCCCCCAGAUGCUGCCCUUCCCAGGGCAGCCCAGGGGUGCAUAUGGGGGCAUCAUGGGGUACGGGGCAGGGUGGGUCCCAGGGAUAGAGGCAGGGAGAGGGGGUCCAGUACCAGGUGGUCACUCCUUGGCCCUCAGGGUGGGUGAGUUCCUCCGCCUUCGUCUGGCUCAGGUCACCUUUGACCCCUCGCAGCCUCCCUAUGAUUCAGUGCAGGUGUACGGGCUGGAGGGCACAGGGUCACGUGCAGGCUCCCUCAGUUCGCUGGAGAGUGAGGGAGAGAAGGAUGCAGAGAAGGAGGAGUGGGGAGGAGGACUGGAGGAGUGGGGUCCACAAUUUCAGGAGCUAGCCAAGCUGUUCCGAGAUAGGGAGAAAGAAAAACAAGAGGAGAUGGAGAAGGAUGGGGAGGGAGGGGUGGAGAACAACAAAAAAGAGGCUGAAAAAGAGGAGGGGCAGAAAGAGGAGCUGUCUGGAGAUGAGGGGAAAGACAGAGAGGGAGAAGAUAAAAAAUGAGAGAGAAUGAGGGAAGGGUGGAAGAAUGAUUAAAAGGCAAGCAGAGUUAGAAUAAUGGGAAGAGAAGUUAACGGAGAGAGAGAUGAAGAGGGAGAAUAAUAAAAAGAGACAGAUAAAAAUGAGCCCAGGGAAGCAAGGGCAGGGGAGGGAGUGAUUGAUGUAAUUUAAAGCAAUAAGUGGUGAAAGGCUGAUACGUGUGAGCACAGAUACUGAGACAAUGUGCAUGAUGUUUCUCCACUAAGCAGCAACAAUUUGUUAAGUGGUCUGGACAAAGAGAAACAACUUAAACAUCCGAGACAGGAUUUUCAUUCAGCUCUACAUUUGUAGAAAUAGAAAGAGGAGACAGGGAGUGAGCGAAUGUGUUUCUUUGUUUGCAUGUGUGUGGGAUGAGGGUGUGUAUGUGAGAGAGAGAA